ACAGUCAGAAUAUGCGUGUGUGGAGAUGAGCAAACGGGAAAGUCAAGUCUGAUAACGUCUUUGGUGAAAAACGUUUUCGUUGCGAACAAAAUACAAUCCGUUCUUCCUCAGAUAACCAUACCACCUAGUAUAGGAACUCCUGAAAAUGUAACGACGGCCGUUGUUGAUACAUCAGCUGUACCACAAGAACGUAAUACUCUCAGAAAAGAGAUACGAAAAUCAAACGUCAUACUACUGGUAUACGCAGAUCACUAUAGUUAUGAACGCGUGGCUCUCUUUUGGUUACCAUAUUUUCGCUCUUUAGGAGUUAAUAUCCCAGUAGUGCUAUGCGCUAAUAAGUCGGAUUUGACUGCAAAUGGGAGUAAUACGGCUCAAGUAGUAGAAGAUGAGAUGCUUCCAGUGAUGGCAGAAUUCAAGGAGAUUGACUCUUGCAUACGGACGAGUGCAAAGGAACAUCAUAAUGUUAAUGAGGCUUUCUUUCUCUGUCAGAAAGCGGUAACUCAUCCUAUUGCACCUCUAUACGACUCAAAGGAAAGGUGUCUCAAACCAGCUGCUGUAGCUGCGCUAAGAAGAAUAUUCUAUCUCUGUGAUAGAGAUCAGGACGGUUUUUUGAAUGAUGAAGAAGUAAAUAACUUUCAGGUCAAGUGCUUUGAUAAAUCACUUUCGUCUGACGACCUCGAAAAUAUUAAAAUGACAAUACAUAGAGUAUUUCCAAACUUAGACGUAAGAAAAGGGAUCGACUCUAGAGGUUUUAUUCAUCUCAACAAAAUCUACGCGGAAAAGGGGCGGCAUGAGACAAUUUGGAUUAUCUUGCGGAAAUUUCAUUACACUGACAGUCUUAGCUUAAAGGAAAUAUUUCUUCAUCCAAAAUUUGAAAUUCCUGAUUAUUCUUCCGCAGAACUCAGCCCAGCUGGCUAUCGAUUUUUUGUAGAUCUUUUCCUUCUUUUUGAUAAAGAUAAUGAUGGUGUUCUGAACGACUAUGAGCUUGACAACCUCUUUGCUCCAACUCCAGGUCUUCCACAAUUCUGGCUAGAAACUUCUUUUCCGUCAUCUACAGUUCGAAAUGAGGCAGGAUACAUUACUCUUCAAGGAUGGCUGGCCCAAUGGUCCAUGACUACCUUUGUUUCGCCAAGUACGACACUUUCCUACCUCGCAUACCUCGGGUUUGAACCAGCAGCAGGAUCCCGAACUGCAACCACAUCUGCACUAAAGAUAACAAAACCUAGAAAACGUCGGAUCAGAGCUGGAAGAGUCGAGCGCAAUGUAGUGCUUUGCUAUAUACUUGGUGCACCAUCUUCUGGGAAAUCAUCACUUCUAGACGCUUUUUUAAAUCGCCCUUUUGAUAAUCUCUACAGGCCAACAAUUAAACCCCGCUCCGCAGUUAAUAGCGUAGAGUUACAGGGGGGUAAACAGUGCUACCUCAUUCUUGAGGAGCUCGGUGAACUCGAGCCAGCAAUACUUGAAAACCAGGCAAAGCUAGAUUCUUGUGAUUUAAUAUGCUACACUUAUGACUCCUCAGAUCCAGAUUCUUUCUCGCACAUAGUAUCAUUACGAAAAAGAUACCCGCAUCUAGACGACUUACCAUCAAUCUUCACAGCUUUAAAAGCUGACCUCGAUAAAACUACACAGCGUUCGGAGUAUCAGCCCGAUGAGUACACAAUGGCUCUUAAUAUGAAUGCGCCAUUACACGCAAGUGUAAAAUGGAAUAGUAUUAGUGAGCUAUUCAUUACCUUAGCAGAAGCAGCCACAAACCCUAGUUUGGGGUUUCCAAAAAAUGAGGAAAAGCUUGAUCGCACUGGAAUAUACUUUGUACUGGGUGCCACAUCAGCAGCAUUAUUGGCAGCAGCAAUGAUUUGGAAACGAUCAACAAAUGCAUUAUGA